AGAUAGCAGCCACAGCAAGGGGCCUACCCGCAGCUGAAGUGACGCCGGUAGCUGCGGGGAUUAAAACACGGUUCUUUUAUCAAAACUUCAGCCGCGUCAUCGGCAGCACCCCUGGGAAGGCAAAUUUUUCGCUCACCUGGAGCAUGAUGGCCCUCCAGCCAAAGUACGCAGCGCCCAUCCGUCGCCUUGCCGCAGUCAUGUACGCGGCCGGGCCCAGCGGCAGCAGGCAGUCAGGCGACCAUUCGGCAGCGGCGUGGACAUUCAGCAAGCUGACGACGUUGGCAGUGAUUAGCAAGGCGUUACGGCACCGUUCGUACAUGCGCGGGGCCAUCAUCGCCAAGACAAUGAUCAGGACACCUGGAACGGCGGUUGCGGCUUGAGUGUCCAAGGCCAGGUUUACCGCGCGAAAGAACUCACCACUACGAGUCGGAACUGACAACGCGUUAGCAUUUGCUAAGAUAGUAUCCUGUGCUUACCGUUGCUUGCCUCCGCAACAUUGUUCUUGAGCAAGGUCUGGCAGCGCUUAGGACGGCCGCCCUCCCUUAGCUUGGCCCAGAUGGCCAGAGAGGCAGUGCAGCAGGUCAGCUUCAGUCGCUGGCUCGCGCACCGAGCCCGCUUAGCCGACAUCAUCCUGCCGAUCUCGGAGCUGCUGCUGUUCAGCACGCCGUGCACCCUGCACUCUAUUGUCAGCAUGAUGUGUGGUCCGGGACCCAACGGGCUGGAUCAGGUGCUGCCGCUACAUGACCAUGUCGUUAGCCAUACGGCCACCCUGCUUUCCGAAUUCCCCUGCAACACCAGUUACGCCGGACAGCUGGCGUACGUAUUCCGCACGGGGGCGAUGGCUGACCCAUGGGUCAAGCUGCGUGCCUGCGAUGUCGGCUACCUCGGGCAAGUUCUGGCGAACAUUAUCACAGUUAGUUUGGCGCUGCUCGCUCCCCAACAUUACGAGCGGUUCCGAAACCCCCUCGUGGUUGCUGCGACUGUCUUCGGCUUGCUAAGUGCCCACGUAGCUGCUGCCUGGGUGCCUGAGGCUUUGCUGCCGCUGGGGCUCACGGCAUUCUUCAGCGCGGCGCAGCGGCGGCUGGCGGCUGUGUACUACGGCUGGCGAGCGGUGAUCGUGCAUCGG